CAGUGUUUGACGGCUGCUUCCUUUGCUGUAGCAACGCGGCUUCUCCAUCCACAUCUGCGUCAUCUGCAUCUGAAUUACGGAUUUCAGGAGUCUAUUGUGUCUCCGCGGGGCCGUUGUGAUUUCUCCCCUUUUAGGAGAAAAGAACAACACCAUGGACAUGAUGGGUAACAAAGAGCGACGAGGGGUGAAUUUCAAAGGCUUGCUGAAGAGGAACUGGCUUCUGAUUGCCACGGUUUUAUCAGUGCUGCUCGGGAUCAGUUUGGGCGUCGUGGUCAGAGAGUAUGCAUCACUCUCCAGUCUCCACAAGCAAUAUUUUGGCUUCCCAGGAGAGAUCCUUAUGCGAAUGCUGAAGCUUGUCAUUCUCCCGCUCAUCAUUUCAAGCAUGAUAACAGGUGUUGCAGCCCUGGACUCGGAGGUAUCAGGAAAGAUAGGACUGCGAGCUGUCAUUUAUUACUUUUCAACAACCAUCAUUGCAGUUAUUCUUGGAAUUAUUUUGGUGAUGACAAUUAAACCAGGAGUCUCUCAGACAGCUGAGCACAUUGACAGAGCGGGGACCACGCCCAACGUCACAACAGUUGACACACUCUUGGACCUCAUCAGAAACAUGUUCCCCGAAAAUCUGGUGCAGGCUUGUUUUCAGCAGUACAAGACCAAGCGCAAAGAGCUGGAGCCUCCUAAUGUUUCAGCCAACACCACAACUAUUCCACCCCUCACAACUACUAUCAUGUCAGCGGUAGAGAACGUAACCAAAGACUAUAAAAUAGUUGGAGCAUAUUCGGAUGGAAUCAACGUAUUGGGGCUCAUCGUGUUCUGUGUUGCUUUUGGCCUCGUCAUUGGGAAGAUGGGCGAAAAGGGCCGUAUCCUCCUGGAGUUUUUCGAUGCCCUGAAUGAAGCAACCAUGAAAUUGGUUCAGAUCAUUAUGUGCUACAUGCCAGUAGGGAUCCUGUUCCUAAUUGCUGCUAAGAUCAUUGAGGUGGAAGACUGGGAGAUAUUCAGGAAGAUGGGUCUUUAUAUGGUGACGGUGCUGAGUGGUCUAGCUAUCCAUGCCAUCAUCUGUUUGCCACUGAUCUUCUUUGUCAUUGUGAGGAAGAACCCGUAUACGUUCACACUGGGAAUGGCUCAGGCGCUGGUGACAGCACUCAUGAUCUCCUCCAGCUCCGCUACGCUACCGGUCACCUUCCGAUGUGCUGAGGAGAACAACCGCAUCGACAAGAGGAUCACUCGUUUCGUCCUCCCAGUUGGUGCCACCAUCAACAUGGACGGGACAGCACUCUAUGAGGCGGUGGCUGCCAUCUUCAUCGCCCAGCUGAAUGACUAUGCUCUGGAUGUGGGCCAGAUUGUUACUAUAAGUAUAACAGCAACAGUUGCCAGUAUUGGAGCAGCAGGAGUCCCUAAUGCUGGCCUUGUCACCAUGGUGAUAGUCUUAACAGCUGUUGGAUUACCUGCCAGUGAUGUCACUUUGAUAGUCGCUGUUGAUUGGCUGCUGGACCGGUUCCGCACUAUGAUCAAUGUUCUUGGUGAUGCUUAUGGAGCUGGAAUUGUUCAGAAACUAUCCAAGAGGGAACUGGAGAGGAUGGAUUUGACAUCAGACGUGGACGUCGCCAAUCCCUUUGCUCUUGAAGCCACUUUGGAUGACGAAGAGUGUGAGAAGAAAUCCUACGUCAAUGGAGGCUUCACGGUUGACAAAACAGAUGCAAUCUCCUUCACUGAGACCUCUCAGUUUUAGCCUGUGGCUGGCUCAAAGAAGCAAAGAGAAAGUGCCAUGCUGCUAUGGAUGCAAAAUGGAAAACCUUCCAUCGUGUAUCAGCACCAUGACAAGAGAGAAAAACUGUCCAACCAGACCCAUUAAAGCUCAGACAUCAGCAAUAGCAGCAUCCAUUAAGCUUAUCUAAGAUGAUCAGCCUUUAUGUUGGACAUCUAACCCCAACCACAAAUAGAGCAAAUAGAGUAAAGUGCUUCUGUCUUACACUCAAAUUGUGCCAAGAUUUAAAAAGUUAGUUUUGUUUUGAAUAACAGCGUGUGUGUGUGUGUGUGUGUGUGUGUUCUUGUACUUCCUACAUAGUGAGGACCGGAACACGUAUUUCAGGAGGACAUUUUUGUAAAGUGAGGACAUUUCGGCCGGUCCUCACUUCUUUAAUGGCUUGUUUGAGAGUUCAGACUUUGUUUUAGGGUUAAAGUUACAAUUAAGUUUAUGUUAGGGUUGGGCAUUUAGUUGUCAUGGUGAAGGUUAUGGCAAGGGUUAGGGUAAGGGGCUAGGGAAUUCACUAUUCCAACGAGGGCCCUCACAAAGAUAGAAGUACAAGGAUG